AUGUCGAGCCCGACCAGAGAGUCCGCCCCAUCUCUCACGCCGAGUCUCAUAACAGAGCUUCACGCGCCUCCAUCCCCACGAACCCAUCGACAACUUCGAAAACUUCAGUCGGCGCACAAUCUUGGUGCAGCUGCACGAGUCUCUGCUGGGCAGCCGCCAGGACUGAUCACGCAGCAGAGGUUUAGGGAACUCCAGGCCCGCGAUGUCAGCCCCACACGGAGAGCAUUUAGCAACCGCUCACCACAAAGGGCCCGAGCGAACAGCGAUGUGCCCUCGCCCGUGAACUUGAUCACAAGUCAUGGAACUAUGAACUCCCGACAGAGAUUCGUUAUGAACAAGACCUCCCCCGCAGCCGACGCUCUGUCGCUAGAGCGCCUUAUCCGAGAUGGUCCGCCUGACAGCGAUAUGCCCGGUGCUCUGGAAAGCGCAAGAUUGAAGGUCUUGGACCAAGGCGUCAAGAGUGACAGUGAUGGCAUGUCACCUGCCCGCAUCUAUGUUUGGCUCAUCUUCCUCAAUGCCCCCGUCCUCGAGACCGACGCAUACCUGGCAUUGAUACAUCGAGGCGCAUCGCCCGCAUACUCCAAGAUCCGCAAUGAUACCUUCCGAACUCUGACGACAGACCCCCUUUUCCGCCGCCGUGUGAGCGAGGCGAGCUUGAUCCGCUUGCUCAAUGCCGUUGCCUGGAAGCUACAAGAUGCGAAAGAGCUGAAGCGCCCUCCGAGCAGUCGGCAUUCGCUCCCCUAUACCGACAGCAGCAAUAAUGGUUCUCGACCAUCUACCGCAAACACUGGUACAUCCUCUCCGGCGGCCAAGAAUAGAGCUCGAGCCCUGACACUGACAACCGAGGGUGAUUCAGACCAUGGAGCUCAAGAGCCAGGCACUUACGUGCAAGGCAUGAACGUUCUUGCUGCCCCUUUCUUGUAUGCUGCCCGCAGCGAGGUCGAGGCUUACGUAGCCUUCCAUCGACUUUUGACAAGCGAGGUUCCUGGCUACAUCAGAGGCGCCAUGACAGGCGUACAUCGCGGCCUGGAGCUGGUCGACAAAGUCCUCGCUAUCGUUGACGUGAAGCUUCACCUUCAUCUUGUGAAUACAGGACUAUCGGCCAAGAUCUAUGCUUUCCCCUCGGUCUUGACCCUUUGCGCCUGUACUCCGCCGCUCCCCGAGGUCUUGCGUCUCUGGGAUUUUCUUUUCGCAUAUGGGCCACACUUAAACAUUGUGUGUAUUGUGGCGCAGCUGGUCAUGAUGCGGACUGACUUGCUCAAGUCACUGAGUCCGAACAAGCUGCUUCGAUCGUUCCCAGCACUCAACGCAGAGGCCAUCAAGAAAACGGCUCUUGCUCUGGUCAACCGGCUUCCCGACGACGUGUACGACGAGAUUGUCAGACACGCACUGUGA